GUUAUCUUGCUUUGUCGCUACAACAUCUUCCUGACCUCAAGAGCCGUUUCUCGCUCUCAUGGCAGCUCCUGGUAUUUCAACACCAGGCUGAGAGUUGAUUGAGGCUGUGAUCUUCACAGAAGCUGUCUGGCUAUAUCAGCAUUUGCCUUAGCUGACGACUCCAAAUCGAUCACAUUCGAUAUGGCUACACCCACAGAUCCGAAAGUCAGUCGCCCAUUGACUGGCACUGAAGGCGCUCCGGUUAUGAAGAUACGACGUCCCAGGGCAGCAGACCCUUUAGUGCGACCCAAGAAGAGACCACCACCUGGGAAGAAUGCCAGACCAGCUGCUAAUGGCACGCAAGCAUCAAGACCAGGCCUAGUUGCCACUCAAACGAAUACGAAACCUAUCUCCGAGCCACCAUUUAGCCGGCCCCAACCGUCGAAAUUCCAAGAGGAUUUGACAGUAAACGGCUUUAGUGGUACACCUCUUUCUACUACAUUCAGGGACUACCCGCUUGUUACAACAAAGCGUGCAUUGCGAGAGGGACUCAAGUUCCACGUUGCCAAAUUCUUAUCUAAGCGAUCUAUAGAUCCUAGAGACGAGCAGCAAUUCACGCGACCGGUGCGCCUCCAGCGACGCGACCCUCGGUUCAAACCCCCAGAACCAGACGCACUUAAAUCCGAAGAUGGAAAGGCGACGCUAGAAGCAGCCAACAGUUUGGGCGACGCGGAACGUGAAGAUUUUGAGGCUAGAAAAGCUGCUCGAGAGAAAGAGCGCGAAGAAAAUCUUGCCCAGAUUGCGCCGUCAGCGGCAAAUCCCCAGAAGCGGUCUAAUCCCACGAAACAAAAAACACAGCAAGUCAUGAAAGCCGACAUGACUGCGGAAGAAAUCGCAAAGGCCCGCAUUAAAUAUGAAGAAGCUUUGCCAUGGCACUUGGAGGACUUUGACAACAAAAAUACAUGGGUUGGUAGCUAUGAGGCAGCGUUGUCCGAGACGUACGCAAUGUUCGUGCUCGAGCCGACAGGAAAGAUGAGAAUGGUUCCUAUUGACAAAUGGUAUCGAUUUAAUGCGAAAAACGCGUUCAAAGCCUUGACAAUCGAGGAAGCCGAGAAAUUCAUGUCAAAGAAGAUCAAAGAUCCACGAUGGUUCAUGGAAAAGCAACAGGAAGCUGUUCAGCAAAAGGAAUUGGAGGCUUUCGCCAAACAACGAAAAGUCUAUCGAGGCAAGGAUGUUGCUAAGGCAGGAUUGGACGGCGAUGAUAUGGAUUUUGAAGAGGAUCGGUUUGCUGAUGAUGAAGAAGUGGAUGUCGGACUCUUCGAAGAAGACGAGGACACCAAGGCCUCCGAGAAACGAAUCAAACAGGACCAACUGAAAGCAAAUAUUUUCAACUUGAAAGAAGAGAAAGAUUAUGACGAAGAAGAGUCUAGAGAGCGAAAGGAAAAGGAAGCUCGCAAAACUAUAGGAAAGAAGGUGCGGAAAGCAUUGCAGAGACGAGAGAAAAACUUCGAUUAUAGCAGUGGCUCGGACGUGAAUCCAUACUCCGAUGAAGAGAGUUCGGAAGAGGAUAGUGAAAGCGAACGCCAAAAGGAGGCAGAGAAAAAGAUAGAGGAGGAAAAAGCCGCCAAAGAGAAGGAGAAGGAAUCGGGGGCUUCAACAAAGGGAACAAGCACACCAUCUGGUCGUCCAAAGCAUACAGAUCCUCUGAAAAAGGUUACCGGUAUUGGACGUAAACGCGUCGGAUCGCCCAACCUUUCAGAUGCUAGCGGCACGGACACUUCGCGAAAGAAACCGAAACAUGCACCAUCUCAGCCUGGUGCCCUCAACUCUCCUUCACCCUCAUCUGUGCUCGCAGCUACCAAAAAGAGGAGUCGAAUUGGUGGCCCUGGUUCUGGAAGUGACAUAGAAGCAGGCGCUGGAUCUGGAGGCGAUAUGAGUGACACCAGCAAGGCAAAGAAGCUCAAGAUCAAUCUCCCAAUUGGUAGUUCCAGGGGCGGUACUCCCCACGGCUCAAGAUCCGGUAGCCCGGCACCUCUUCGCGCAGGAACACCAGAGGGAGUCGCUGGCGUGAAAGGACCAACCAGAACAUCAACUCCACGCCCAGUUGCUGCUAGCCAGCAAAGCUUUCCCACCCCGGCCGAAAUCCACGCCGCUAUUCCUGCAUCUGGAAUCCUUAGUCGCGAUCUUCUCAAGAUCUUCCAUCCACGCAUCGGCGAGUCGAAGGAGAACCAUCGUAGAUUUAUCGCAAUUGUCAAGGAUGUUGGGGUUUACGGCAAGGAGGAUCGACUUUUACGUCCGGGUGUUUUGAGAGACACUUGAGCAGUGAACAUUUUAAAACUAUCAAUUCAAAAAUAUUGGAUCCUACAUAUAUUUUAGUCUUUGAUUCUUCUGAGAGAGAUGCCGCCGUAAUUAAUUUUUGGGUUGUCACUGCAUCAACCUCGACAUGUGAUUAGUAUUAAUAGAUUUAAGCUUGACGCCAGGCAGAAAAGAAUGUGAUUAAUGAACUGGAGUGGAGCUGGUAUUCAAU